AAAGGAAUGUGUACAAACCCAGCUUCUGAACAACACAAAACUAGUAUAAAACACAUGGUCCCAGAGAAAUAAAGUCAGAACUCCCCAAACUCUGAGUCAGAACCAAUGUUCCACAAACAUGCAUAAGUUUGACAAGAUUCAGAGUGUCAGCUGCCUUUUGCCUAGCCAAAUAUAUUCUUUCUUGUGCUCCUACUGUGCUGCUUCUCUGCAUGCUCGUUUCCAUCUCCUGCGUUCCCCCAGCCUGUCAUCCAUAUUUCCCUCUGCCUGAGGUUCACUCUUGUCCCCUUACUUUCUGCAGCCCAAAUGUCCCACACUGUCACCUUCUCCUCAGCAGCUGUAUCCCAUUUACCACGGUCACUUCCCUCCAUGGUCUGGGGUUUCUUUCCCAACCCCAUGGAGGCAGAGCCAAGAGCAGAGCCUCGGCCUGGCUCAGCACAGGCCCUGAGGGAAGGGCGGUGUCCGGGCCCAGCCUCACCUCCCUCCAGCUCACCCCAGCUUUAACCAACCAGCCCUCCACAAAGACAAGACCCACAGAGCCCACAAGCUCCACAAGAAGACAAAAAUGAACCUGGAUGCCUUGUUCCAGCAAAUACAGUUCACAGAGAAGCAGGCGAGGGAGAAGAGACAACUCAUCCAACAAGCUAAAUCCGACAUAAAUAGAAGCUGUGAAAAAAUUAACCAAAUAAAAGAAGAGCUGAGCGCUGCAAAAAUGAAACUGGAAACUAAGGUUCAGCAUCUGUCUGAAAAGGAGCUCUGCUUAGAAAUUCUGAAGAAACAUGAAGAGAGCUUAGAAAAGCAGAAAGCUGAACUUAUUAAUCAAAAGAGCAGUCUUCUUAAAGUCUUUACAGAUGCAAAGAGAAAAAUGACUGAAGAGGAAGAUAAUUUUAUUAGAGAAGUAACAGAGUUUAACAAUGAGUAUGGACUAACAAGUAAUAGGGAUCUUAUGAUUAGAAAAAAAGUAAAGACUGAAAUAAAUGAUUUGGAGAAUGAGGCAGCUCUGUUGAAAAAUGAAAUGGAGUCAAUGAAACAUAAAAAUGUUCAAUUAAAUGCACUUCAACUGCAGAAGAAUGAGUUAAAGCAGGAUUUACUUAAUCUCCAAAAUGAACUUAAAGACCUUGAGAAAGAAAUCAGGGAUGCUGAAAGAAUGACAAAAGAUUUAGAAGCAGAAAAAGUCCAAGUCACCAAAAAGCCUCAGACUGAUCCUGAAUGUUUAAGGAUUAAGAAAGAAUUGGAAAAUUACAAAGAUGAUGAUUGGGAAAGUAUCUGCGAGACUCUUCGAGCAGAAAUUGAAAUUCUGCAAAUGAAUCUAUCACAAAAAAAGUCUUCAGAUAAGUGAACAAUAUGUGGCUGAUGAUAUGGAGUAUCAUGGAGGCUAGCCUUUGAGCAUUUUAAAACCAUUUUACUCGGGCUCUGUCAGGUUCGUUUCUAUUUGCUUGGCUAAACCACAGUUUGUUUCCUGCCUUUUACUUUUCAUUAAAAUAAAAUUAUAUUCAUUUAUAA